AUGACUCUUCAUACAGACCCUCCAGAGCAUUUCCUGCUGCAGUGAAAACAGGAGUGUCACUACACGAGUGGCACUCAGCCGGUGAGGUAGCCGGACAGGUUCAUCUGGGACUGGCAGGAGAUCUGUUCCUAUGACAGUGAGCUGGUUUGUUCUGUAACAAGGUUUUAUUCUUCCGAAAUUAAGAUCAAGUGGUUCAAAAAUGGGCAGGAGGAGAUGGACAAAGUUGUGUAUGAGGGCCUCCUCCUAAAUGGAGAUUAGUCUUUCCGGAUCCUGGUCACUUUGGAAGUCACACCGAAGCAAGGGGUUGUCUAUGCUUGCCAGGUGGAGCAUGUCAGCCUGCCAGUGCCCAUCACCGUGGUCUGGGAAACAAGCUCUGGAUCUGCUGUGAGCAAGAAGGUGACUGGAACGCUGGGCUUUGUGCUGGGCUUAGGCUUCAUCGUAGUGGGACUCAUCAUCUAUCAGAAGAAAAAGAAAAGUGAAUUAUUCAUGAGCUAA